CCGGGAAUUCUCCAAGCACAAUGUACCAAGGACAUAUGCAGGGGAAAAGUUCUAGGGCGGCAGAUAAGGCUGUUGCCAUGGUGAUGAAGGAGAUACCGAGACAGCCGUCUGCAGAGGAAAAGCCCCUCCUUUCUAUGACAUCACAGUUGGUGAAUGAACAACAAGAAAGCAGGCCACUUCUCAGCCCAUCUAUAGAUGACUUUCUGUGUGAAACCAAAUCAGAAGCAAAGGCCAGACCAGUAACUUCAAAUACAGCAGUGUUAUCACCAGGCUUGGAUCUUUUAGAUCUAAGUGAACCAAUUACGCCAGCUCAGAGUAAAGGGAAAAAGUCAGAAUCUGCUCUGAAAGGGGAAUCGUCCAAAGGACAGUCCAUUAAAAAGAAGGUGGAUGAAACAGACCUCAUCAAAUCUGAAACUGAGCGAAGCACAAAAACUGUCAAAAUUCCAGAAAAAUCGUCUUUGGAUUUAGUCCACAUACAGAUGCAGCUGGAGAAAUGGGGCGAUGGGUGUUUUCGAGGAGAUAAAAGCAGCGAGGGUCAUGGGGGCUUGGAUAGAAAAUCAUCAUCUAAGGAAUCGUCUAAAGAGCUCUUAUGGUCAGCAGAUGGUAGAUCACAAGGUGACCCAGUCAGAAAUAGGAGUAAUGUAGCGGCGACUGAGCAAGCAUCUGAUUUAGAACUAGCACCUGCACCCAAAGGACUACUGACUCGAGAAUCACGUUUGGGGGGAGCUUUUUUGUCCAGAAACCAUUCACUGGAAGAAGAAUUUGAAAGGGCAAAAGCUGCAGUUGAGUCAGACACUGAAUUUUGGGAUAAGAUGCAAGCUGAAUGGGAAGAAAUGGCAAGACGGAACUGGAUCUCUGACAAUUCAAACUGUUCAAACCAGUCUGGAGCAUCUUCUAAAGAAACAGGUUAUUAUUUCCACAUGGAAAAUCCAUUUAGGGAAUGUUCUGCUGCCUUUGAAGAAGGUAUGAAGAAGUUCAAAGAAGGGGAUUUGCCUUUGACUAUUUUAUACCUGGAAGCUGCCAUUUUACAAGAUCCCAAUGAUGCUGAGGCUUGGCAGUACCUCGGUAUCACCCAAGCAGAGAAUGAAAAUGAACAGGCUGCUAUUGUCUCUCUACAGAGGUGCUUACAGCUACAACCAAAUAAUUUAAAAGCACUUAUGGCCUUGGCUGUCAGCUAUACCAAUAUAGGGCAUCAACAAGAUGCAUAUGAGGCUCUGAAAAUGUGGAUUAAGCAAAAUCCCAGAUAUAAGUAUCUAGUGAAAAAAUCUGAAUCUCCCGCACUGACCAGGAGAAUGUCAAAACCAUUUUGUGAAAGUGCUUCUUUGGAGGAGGUAAAGGAUUUGUAUCUGGAGGCAGCACAUCAGAAUGGGGACCUUAUAGACCCAGACUUGCAGACUGGACUCGGAGUUUUGUUUAACCUAAGUGGGGAGUUUGAACGAGCUGUAGAUGCUUUCAACUCUGCCUUAAUGGUCCGACCUGAUGACUACUCACUUUGGAACCGCCUGGGUGCAACGUUGGCAAAUGGAGAUAAAAGUGAAGAAGCAGUAGAGGCCUAUUCAAAAGCCCUGGAGAUACAGCCUGGAUUUAUUAGGUCUAGAUAUAAUUUAGGAAUAAGCUGCAUUAACCUUGGAGCACACAGAGAAGCUGUUAGUAACUUCCUUACAGCUCUAAGCCUGCAGCGAAAAAGCAGGACUCAGCUGCAGUCUCAUCACCCAGUCAUCUCAGGCAACAUAUGGGCUGCACUCAGAAUAGCCCUUUCAAUGAUGGACCAGCCAGAACUAUUUCAUGCUGCCAAUGUGGGAGAUCUGGAUAUUCUCUUAAGAGCCUUCAAUAUAGAAUCAUAAAGCAAUGGCUGGACCUCAAUGACGUUUUUUGUUACAAAUCAAGUGUUUGCUGCAGAUUCAGAUGGGCAUGAUAUUCAGUACUUCCAUCAGAUGAUAACUUGGCCUUUUUAUCCCAAAGAUUGCACAGUUACAUCUGACAACAAAGCACAAACGGCAAGGAGU